UACUUGUCCAGAGCUUGGCUACAUUUUUUGAGAAAUCCUUCCUCGGCCAUUGGAGCGGUUGAUCAGUCUCAGGCCCCGCAGAUUUAAAUUGCCAUCCUCGGUAGCGCGGAGGAGUCUUCUCUGCAGUAUGAGCGGCAUGAUUCAGGAGAUUUUGGCCUUCGUUUUAACUACCUCGGGGUGGGUGCUGGUGUCUUCCACCCUGCCGACGGACUACUGGAAGGUGUCCUCGCUUGAUGGGACAGUCAUCACCACAGCUACCUACUGGUCCAAUCUGUGGAAAACCUGUGUCACUGAUUCAACGGGGGUCUCCAACUGCAAGGACUUCCCCUCGAUGCUGGCGCUGGAUGGUUACAUCCAAGCUUGCAGAGGGCUGAUGAUAGCGGCCGUCUGCCUGGGUUUCUUCGGCUCCGUGUUCGCCCUCGUGGGAAUGAAAUGCACCAAAAUCGGAGGAAGUGACAAAAGCAAAGCCAGGAUCGCCUGCUUUGCCGGCGUAGAUUUCAUCCUCAGCGGCCUCUGCUCGCUUUCAUCAUGCUCCUUGUAUGCACACCGGAUAACAUCAGAGUUUUUUGACCCGAUGUUUGUGGCACAAAAGUACGAGCUGGGAGCCGCUCUCUUUAUCGGCUGGGCCGGUUCUAUUCUUUGCAUUCUGGGAGGCAGCAUGCUCUGCUUCUCGAUCGCGGAUGCUUUGACCAAAAGCAACAAUCAGGUAAACUACGUCUACAAAGGUGCCUCACAGUCUCAUAUCUCCUCCCACCCGAGAGGGCAGGCGCAGCCUGUGAACCAGAGGCCACCCCCAGACUACAGCAGCUCCUCCAGGAUUCAGCACUUUGAUAAGAACGUGUAUGUGUGAGGGAUGUGAAUACAAAACACUGCUGGUCAAAGCACCGAGUCUUAAAAUAUAUACAGUGCUGUAUAGUGAGGCACAGCAGAUAACAGCACACUAGGGGGUUUCUGUCUAACAACAGCAGCAUUUGCUAAUAUUGAUUUGUAGCUCAACAGGAAUUAAAUUAUGAUAUUUACGCGUCUCUUCCUGGAGUACGAAUUUAAAGAUUUCUGGUGUGGUUUACUCUGCGAGCUUGUAUUUCCUGCACAGCAGACAAUUUCUGAUUCAAUUACUCUGCAUUGAAUCUUCAAAAAUCCUCUAAUCCAAUGUUUGCAUUAUUAUUUUUUUUUUCAUCGCCAUACACGGCAGUGGAGGGUGUUGUAUUUUGUAAGACGUAACACUGGUUUUGUUGGUUGUAUAUUUAACCGUAUGUAACGGGAGCUUGUUGUUAAUCUGUUAUGACGAUAUUUAAAACUGUGUCAGACACCCGUUUUAUGUUGUUUAACAUGACAUAACCAUUAACUACUUUCGUAAUGUGCAAACUUGAAGAAGGUGCAAAAAAAAAAAAAUGUAGUGAAAUGUGUAGUAGGAGAGGAGAAGCUUCGAUUUCUCAACCUUGAAGGAGUUCAAACUGUAAUACGCUGUACACUGUAGAUGAAUAAAGUGAAGAUGGAGCAGA